GGCUGGCAAUACACAACUCUGCAGUGGGAUCCUACAUACUCCUGCCCCCUGCACACCUAAGCUCACCCAGCAAGGGUGGAAGGACGCAAGAGGGCAACUAUCCACAUUGGCACAGGGUGGAAAAGGGAAAAUACUAGUCACUAUACGGUUACCAUCUGGACAGAGGAAUAAUACGGAAUUACAAGAAUUGUAACAGAAUCCAUGGACUGAGCACUCUUACUGGAAUAAACAAGUUUAUAUUGGGUUUCAUUUCUCUGGCCACGUCAACAGAUUCCUCCACUUGUUGGACCUAGAGCGCUGUCCCGGGCGGCUGGAUUAGUCUCUCGGCGCUAUAACGCAAUCUCCCAGUCCGGCUAUUCUGGUUUGUCAUUCCCAUCGUAAAUUUUGUUCUUUGAAGAACUGAGCUCUUAUUCUCGUCCCGUUGGAAUACUGCGUUGUUAGUUGCGCCCUUUAUUGCCCUUUUGCCCCCUGCCACCUGGAUGGAAGAUAAGGACGAGCUGUCCAGGCUCCGCGCCCUCUUUCAUACUUUUGACUCCAAAAGCAGCGGGCGCCUGGAGAAGGGCCAGUUCUCUGCGCUGUGUGCAGAGCUCAAGGUGAGCCCCUCGGAGGCGGAGGACAUAUUCGCACGGCUGGACAGUGACAAGGACAGCUGCAUCACCUUUGAGGAUUUUGCCAUGGGCUUCCGAGGAGCCAGAGGAUUACAUAUGCCCGAAGGAAAAAAGGACGUUGAACAGGGGGAACCUCCAAAGAGCCCAAGCACCCCAGAUAAAGAGGAGAAACCUGAGGAAACCUCCAGCCCAGCUUGGGAAGACUUCCAGCGCAGACUAGCAGACGAAGUCAAUUAUAUCCCAAGACGUGAACAAGCCAGUAUCCUUUACCAGAACAUUAACAUAGUGGAACCUCUGUUAAUCCAGCAAUAUGAACAUGUUAUUAGAAAUUUUGUUCGGGAGAUACGACUUCAGAGCACAGAAAUGGAAAACUUGGCCAUUGCAGUAAAAAGGGCACAAGAUAAAGCAGCAAUUCAACUGAGUGAGUUAGAAGAAGAGAUGGAUCAGCGCAUCCAGGCUGUAGAGAAGCGGGUAAAGAAAGAGGAAAAAAGGAAAUCCGAGGAAGCUCUCAAUGAUCUGAAGCGCCAGCAUGAGUCUGAAGUUGCUGAACUCCAAGUCACAAUAAAAAAGCUAAAAAAGCUGGAAGAACAAUCAAAGAACAUAAAUUUGAAGGAAGAUGUGGCUGUAUUACGAAGGAGACUGCAUGACUUGACAAUGGAGAAUCAAAAGCUUAGGAAGGAUCUGCUGGAAGCUCAGACAAGUAUUUCCUUUCUCCAGAGCGAGUUAGAUGCUCUAAAAAGUGAUUAUGCAGAUCAAAGCCUGAGCUCCGAAAGAGAUAUGGAUAUAAUCAGGGGGUUCACCGAUGAACGAGAAAACUUGGCAAGGCAAAUAGAAAUAUUACAAACAGCUAAUCGAAAACUGCAUGACAGUAAUGAUGGGCUGCGAAGUGCCUUGGAGAACAGCUUGAUGAAGUACAAUAGAUCAUUGCGUACAAUUAAUACAUCUCCUGGAAGCACAAUUUCCCGAAACAGCCCAAAACUCACCAGGUGCACUUCUCCAUAUGACAGGUCUCCUCGCUCUUCAUACUUAGAUGAAGACUAUGAUUCUUUAGCAGUGUGUGAUCCCAUGCAGAGAAUGAACUGUGAAGUUGACAGCUUGCCGGAGAGCUGCAUAGACAGUGGUUUAUCCACCCUGAGAGACUCCAAUGAAUAUGAUUCGGAAGCUGAAUACCGGCCACCAAGGAUUUUCCAUAGGUCACGGUUUCCACAUGAAAACUAUGGCGGUGACGCUUCUGAUACAGAUGUUCCAGAAAUCCGAGAUGAAGAAUCCUAUGCACCGGAUAACGGUGGUAAUCUUGACUGGAAACCAUCAAAUCCUGUUAGCAGAAGCAGCUCAGGGGCAUCAUCAUCCAGAAAAUGUAUCUCUGCAUUGUCUGCAAAUGUUACCAGUGCAGAAACUGUUGACAAAGUGCAUAAGUAUACACAUGCAGAGAAGGCAUAUAAGAUUGUUUUGGCUGGAGAUGCAGCUGUUGGAAAGUCUAGCUUUUUGAUGAGACUUUGUAAAAAUGAGUUCAGAGGAAACACAAGUGCCACUUUAGGCGUUGAUUUUCAAAUGAAGACAUUGGUUGUUGAUGGAGAGCCAACAAUCUUGCAACUUUGGGACACAGCAGGUCAAGAAAGAUUUCGGAGCAUCGCAAAAUCCUAUUUUAGAAGAGCUGAUGGUGUUCUGCUUCUGUAUGAUGUAACCUGUGAGAAGAGCUUCCUGAAUGUGAGGGAAUGGAUCGACAUGAUUGAGGAUGCUACUAGUGAAGCCAUUCCCAUCAUGAUGGUUGGAAAUAAAGCAGAUCUCAGACAGCUAAUGGCAGAACAAGGUCAUAUAUGUGUGUCAACAAAUUAUGGAGAAAAGCUAUCCAGGACAUACGGUGCUUUGUUCUGUGAAACCAGUGCCAAAGAAGGAUCAAACAUUGUUGAGGCAGUUCUUCAUCUUGCUCGAGAGGUGAGGAAGCGCUGUGACAAUGAAGAUGACAGGGGUUCCGUAACCAAUCUCUCUGCCGCGAUUAGCAAAAAGCCAGCCCAAAUGAAGAACUGCUGUAAUGUCUAGACUUUCCUGUUUCCAACAAAUUAGCUUUCUAGUGCCAUACACUUUCACCUACGACAGCAUUUAGAUUGUACAUAAGCAAUACCUGCCAUUUCUGCCGCUUUCCCUUAUCUUCCUCCAGCUGCGUACACUACCCUUGGGCCCGUGCAUAGUGUUUUCUGCAUACAGUACAGCUUCUGGACACACAGACAAUGCAAUAUACAACUAUAUACAAUAAAUAUGCAGAGUAUUUAUCAUUUGCCAGUUUCAUGUUCAAAGUGCUUGUGAUCACUUCCUUUUUUUUUUUACAUUUAUUUAUAUAUACCACUUUAUAAGCUUCUUGGUUUUGUGCAAAUGACUAUUUGGGUUCCCAAGUACUAUGUGAGUCUUUCAAUUUUUCUGAAAUUACCAGAUUGCUCUUACGCAUAAUUUAUUAAAGUAAUUUUUUUUGUUGAA